AUGCCAAGAGUUCCUUUGUACUCGCCUGAUGACGUUUACAGUCGCUUGAAAAAUUUGCAAUUUCGAGAUGAGACUAAUAAAUAUUUGCCGUACAACGAUGAAGUUUGGCGAAGAGCAGUUAAGCUCUUGCCUGGUAUUACCAUUCAUUUAACAGCGUCUGAAUGGAAAAAGUUAAAUCUAAAAACAAAAACUUUCAAAGAUAAUCGAGAAUAUGAAGUAUUUGAACCUGGUUGGACAGAUAAAAUUUACAGCUAUGUGUGGCAUCAUUUUAAACUUUCUUGUCCUUUCUCUUUUCAAACUCCGAAAAUAUCAAGAGGCAGUGAUAUUUUCUUAUCUAUUAAUGGUGCUUGCGAUGAAUGCAAAAACGAAAUACAUUUAUAUAGCUUAGAAGAUGCAAGUGAUGAUGGUAUAGAUUUUCAUGUUUCUACCUGUGACACUAAACAUAUUAAACAUGUCAAAAAGAGGCAGCUUCGUGGAAAUACAAGAAAAGAAGUAAUCAAUGAAUUGAAUGGUAAGUCUACCUAUAUGUGGCGACGACAAAAAGCUGACGAAAAAAUGGAGUUUGGAGAUGAUGAACCAGCUGAUUUACCAAAAGAAAGUGUCCUAAGAAAUGCUAAAUACACGAAGAAUCGUAAAGAUUUAGGUCUUGAAUCUUUUUCUCAUCAUAUAUUAGCUGUUGAAAAUUUGAAGACUAAUCCAAAGUACUCUGAAGCCCUACACGAGAUUGCAUUCAAUAAAAUGUAUGUUAUGUACUGGUUACCAGAGCAGAUUUCAUUGUAUAAAUUAUUUAUGCAAAAGGAUCCAAUUAAGGAAAUUAAAAUCGAUGCAACAGGAAGCUUGAUUCAAUGUUUAUCAGCAAACGAUAAUUCAAAACGAGUUAUUUUAUACUAUCAAGUCAUAGCUACCUAUCAAAAAUCAUCACUCCCACUUCUCCAAUUGGUCUCUGAAAAGCAUGAUGCUAAUACUUUGUCUUAUUGGUUGCGAGAAUGGUUAAGAUGUGGAAUCAAUGCGCCGAAACAAGUCGUCACGGAUUUUUCUUUAGCUCUUCUCAAUGCAGCUACAUUGGCAUUCAACAAUAUGCCUUUAUCCCAGUAUAUAGAUGAAUGCUAUAAAAGUGUUGUUGAUGGCACAUUGAUUGAAAAAACAACCAUUCUUCGAAUUGAUGUGGCCCACUUAUGCAAAUUCGUUUCAAUGUGGCCUUGUUUUAAUAAAAAUAAUCGACACUAA